AUGGGAAUUAAAGAUUCUAAGUGUCCUGCAUAUUCUUUAAAAUUUGAUAACAUUAGAUUGACAGACAGUCCAUUAGAUGAUUAUCAAAGAACUUUUUUUAUCGCUUUAUAUCAAAAGUUUUAUUCACAAAAUUCAAUUAAAACCCCUGAGACAUCUAUAGAAGAACUUAAUCUUAAACAAUUAAAUAUUUCUACUAAUGAAUAUGUCGUCAACUCUUUUGUUACUUCAGAAAAUUUUACAAUUUCAAAUUUGAACGAUUUAUCAAAUUCUACUACUGAUGUCAACAACAAUAACAGUAACAUCGCGAUUAAAAAUAUCAUAAAAAGUAAUGAAAGUCCUCAACAUAACGAGGUAAACUGCGAAGUAUUAGACAAUAAAAUAAAAAUAAAUAAGAAUACAAAAACAGUAAAAUUAAACUGCUGUGAAUAUCAUCUACCAAAUUUGAGAAUAAAUACCAGAUUUAGGGAUAAUAAUGAAAUACGUUUGAAAAAUGAGCAAGAACAAAUUUGUCCUCUAGAUGGUAGUCUCGACCUCUCUAAAGCGUCAUUAAAGAAAAUUCCUGUGUCGAUUAAAAAUAAGUUACAACUUAAUAAAGAUUCUUUGAAAAGACAAUUGAUGGAUUGUAGUCUAUCGUUCAAUCAAUCAGAUGAAUUUUCAAACAACCACAGCCAUUCAUCAAGUGAACCAAAUGACUACAUUAUGUGGGAUCACAACACCGGAUACGUCAAUAUGACUACCAUUUUAAAUAUUUACGAGGAUAUCAUGAAAGGACUAAUAAGUUGUAAGAGGAUAGAAGCUAAUGAGCAACAGAAUGGAAAACUACAAAGAUAUUGCCGACAAAUGUAUCAUGCUAUUAUGCCCAAUAAUGUAAGAAAAUUCGAUGAUUUAGAGGCAAGAUGCAUUUUAAGAGAAGACGGCUGCAUCUCACCUGGAAUAUCAUCGAGUUCAGUACAAAUGGAUAAGAGUAAUAAUAAUAAUAAAAGUAACAAUUUACUAGCAAGUCCUUUAGGAAAAAUUGACAAUACAAACGAUAUUAGUCAAGAACCUCGACAGUCAAGAAUAAGUGUUAAAGUUGAACAAGACAGUUAUACUUCAAAUUUAAACUACCGUCAGUUUUUCAUCCCACAGCACUCCCCAAGAUUAAACAAUAUUUCGUUUAAGAAAUUUGUGAUAAAUUUAGUAAAAAAUCACAAUAUACCACCUUGGAGAAUUGUUUUCGCAAAUAUGAGUUAUCCUAUUUUGGUUCAGAAUAUCAUUAAGGGCCCCAAAGAGACUCAAGGAAUUUGGAUACCUAUUGGAGUUGCGCGAAGGAUAUGUUCUGGGUUUUGCUAUCCAAUUAGAUAUUUUUUGGUUCCACUUUUUGGUAACGAUUUUGUUACACUUUGUCAAGAAAGAAUGACAAUGUUUCUGAUUACAUGCAAUUCUUUUACAAUAAAAAAAAUGUCGAAAACUCCGAAGGAUAAACCAAACUGUAAGAAAAAACCAUCAAACUCACAAAAAACACAAACAAAUUCACAGGUUAUGAAAUCUAUUGUUGUGUCAUCUUGCUCUCCACCCCCCCUAGUGAGAGGGGGGAAAGUUUUGAGUGAUAGUACGAUCCCAAGGAAGAGGCAAAAUAUCCCCAAUAAUCAAUCAAUACCGAAAUCAUUUAAAAAGAAUUGUAGGGAUAAAAAAUUGAAAGGUCCUAUUUCCCCAGAAAGUAAAUUUACUGAAGCUAAAGUCAAAAAUGAUGACACAAAUGUACUUAUCAAGCAUGAAACUCCUCAGAAGGAUAAUAUGAAAAACGAAAUGGUACGGACCAUACAAACCGCCGAUUCUAAAAAUGAUCAUCAUCCAGUUAAACUACCAUCUAUUCACAAUCUGAUAGAAAAUCUUUCUGGCACACAUGGUGAAAUACAAAAUCCUACCACAGUCAACACUAAGGUAAAACUCGGUUCUGAACAAGAAGAUCACCUGGUGUCACAUACCCAUCCUCGACCUAUUUCAAAACAACUUCUGUCGAUGCACUAUGAACACCCCCGAUGUAAGAAGCCCCAGCCCUCAACUGAACAAAGCAAGAUCUGCAGUUCUCCUUUUACUUCCGAUUGCUCAUCAAUAUCUAGUUUUUCCAGCAGCAAUUUGUCUCCAUUACAAUAUUUAGAUGUAACAUAUUCCCUAAGACCAGAAAAUAGUUUGAAUUAUUGCGAUAAUAAUCGAAAUUCAUUUGGUAGUGACACCCAGGUACUUAGAAGUCGCCAAACUCACACAUCCAGUAUCCCUGUAUCAAAUAAUAAAAGUAGUGAUUCAAAAACGUUUUUAAAUAAUAAAGGUAGUGCAUCCGAUAUAGACAUACCACAUCGUCAACUUAAUCAUAAUCUUUUAUUUUCUACUCACCCUCCUCAAAUCCAAAACAGAGGACACACCUCUUCUGCACAGAAUCAAUCGGAUAGUAUCAUGGAAUCCUAUACUCAUCCACAGCAAGAACAACAUCUAUCGUUACCAACCUUGACACAACCAUGCCCACAACUUUCUCACAUAUCAAAUCCAGUAUCCCAACAAUUAUUAUUACCAAAAAAGAAUAGCAACUAUGUACUUGAUCAGCGAACAUCAAAUCAAGUAGGUAUACACGCAACAGCUUUGCAUGAUCAAGUUUUAGAACACCAAGUAGUCCUUCAGCAAACCUUCGAACAACAAAAUCGUAAUUUACAAAUGACACAAUCAUAUAAUAAUGAAUUACUCCUAGAUGCAUAA